ACUUCGAGUAAGCCCACCACAAGCUAUUUGAAUGCCAGAAAUCAAAUCAUCAUUCCACUAUUCUCUAACUUUCUCUGCUAUUUGCUUCUUCAACCCUCUGACUUCGAAAAACCCUUCUGCUCACACUCUCUAAUGGCGCUCAAACGAGGUCAGGUCAAAGGAAAGAAACAAACUGAGUCACCAGCUGUACAACGCUUUCCAAUCGAUUUUCAGCAACUACUGCGUCAAAACAUCUUCAACAGCUGCAUUAUCCCACACCAUGGCAAUUCUGCAGAAGGAGAACUGGGCCCUACUUUCAAUUUAAUCAUUCCUGAUGAGCUUACCCAGUACUAUCCUAUUGCAGACACUGAAACAUUACUUUUCAACAAAGCAAAGCUGUCAUGGAACCAUUGGGAUUCCAGCCCUAAUCCUCUACGCACAUGGCAAAGACCUGAUCCAGACUGGAAACGAUGGGUUCAACGAAUGAUGAUAUACGACAUUAAUCUCUGGAGAGCUUUAGGUAUUUACGACGUCAUCAGGUUAUCAACUUUCUCUCUAGAUAUGGACAAAUGGGUCAUUAGUGCUGCUACAUGUUUUUAGUCUUCAUCAUGUAAUUCCCUCAUUCUAAAAUGUGGUAUGAUGUCACCUACUAUUCUUGAUGAUGUCCAUUUGACUGGCCUCCCUUUUUCUAGUCAACAUAUCAGUGCCCUUUUAACCCCAAAAACACCUAUCAAGUUGGGCACUGACCUCAGUUAUGGGAAAUUUCAAACAAAGUACCAAAAAUUUGGCCUUGAACCCACAGAUGAGGAAAGAACAGCUUUUUAUUUACUAUAGCUUUCCCAACAUUUUCUUUGUGUUCCUGGUUUGAAAAUCACUAAAGAAUACCUAGCAUUAGCCACUUGCAUUCAGGAGGGUACAAAAUUGGCUCUUGCCCCUUUUUUAGUAGGCACCUUAUACAGAGGUCUCUUUUCUUUAGUGGAUAAAGAAAUUGAUCAUAAUGGUGGUGGUCCUUUCUGGCUUUUCCAAGCCUAGUUUUAUGCUUAUUUUCCUGAAAUUAGGCAUAUUACUUCGACUCCAUUUCUCCCUACAUGCCAAAGCUAUGUUGAAUUUUUUCUUUCCUUUAGACCAGCCACCUUUAAUUCUUUCACUAAGGUGUUCGCUUUUCUGUAUGAACUACCUAUCGACAGAGAUCCUCAGCUUUUCAUCCAUUUUCACCAACUUCACUGCACUUCAUCUAGACUCACGUAUGUCCAUGAUGAUCCUUCUGUAUUGGGUGAUGAGUUAAGACAACAACAAAAACAUUUUUGGGCUCAAAUCCUUACUCCAAGAUACAUUUUAGUGGGAGGCCCUUUCAACUAACAGAAUUUCUAACUGUAGUUUUGAAAGCUAUAACCCCUGUCAAUGGGCUAGGCAAAUGGGCCUCUAUCAAACUGUUCCUUGCCCAUAUUUUCAUCCCACUAUUCAUGAGCAAGUUGGAGCUAGAAUUCAAUUCAAAAAUCAAACAGAUAUGGAGGCCCUUCUAGCCCACAAUCAACAACUAUUUGAUCAAUUCAGCUUCUACUACUACAAAGUCACACCCUUUUCUCUCUACAAGAUUCAGAGACUGGUGGCUUCUUAUGAGUGCAGUAAUCUUUAAUAAAGAAGCUUAAAUAUGCCUAUGGAAUGUGCAUCCUGACAAUAAAAAAUGAGUGACCAUGAGCAUUGCUGAGUCCCCAGUCAAAGCCAUUCCUUGGCUAUAGAAAUGCCUACUCCCACUAUCCAGAAAAAAAAGCAUAAGGGUAAUCCCUUAAACACCACUAAUGUUGAAGGUUUCACACCUUACAACCCAGGUGUGGAGACUGAACAAAGGGUUCAGAUUAGAGAAGAAGAACUUCAAAAAUUCUUUGCAUCUCAAUCACAACCAGAAGGUGGUAUUUCUUAACCAACAUCGGAAAGUGGUGCAACACGUGAGAGGAGAUCUAAAAGAAGACAAGAGGAACCAGUUCCUCCACCAUCUUCGACUGCACCAGCUUCUUCCUCUUCCAGUAGUGCAGCACUUGUAAGGAGACCUAAAAGAAAGCAAGAACAACCAGCUCCUUCACAAGCUCCUGUUGCACCAGCUUCUUCUUCUAGUAGUUCAUCUUCUCGUCCCAUAAUGGUAUAAAUCUUACUCAAUCUGUCAAUUUUGUCAUCAUUUUAAACAUAAUGACAUUCUAUUUUGCUUGUCUAACAUUUUUCUUUCUCUUUCAGAUAUAUCUUAAGUCAUACAAAAAGAGAAGACUUGUUUCUUUGGGCACAUCUUCUUCUCAUGAAGAUAUACCUGAAACUCAUACCAACCUAUCUCCUCCUCUUCUUGAGAAUGAAGAACUAGCUGAGGCACAAGUUAGUCCUCCUGAAAGCCAAAUUGAAUUGCCAAAGUCUCAACCAAACCCCCUUGAGAGAGAACAAAUUGAUCAAAGGAGAGCCAUUUUAAGAAACUUGGCUCCUGAACUGGCUCAAAUUUUGUCUGAAAUUCCCCAAAAAGUGGCUUUAGGAGUCCUAAUGGCCUUCCCUUUUAGAGGGGUGCCAUAUGGAACUGAUGAAGUCAUCACUUUUCCUAGUGUGGCCUCUUCUCCAGAAGAAUCAGCAAUUCCUGAACAUGCUCAAGAAGAUCCAGUUAAUUCAGACCAUGUCAGAGAAGCUCCAAUUGACUUACCCACUAAUUCUGAUAGCCGCACAUCUCUUAUCGACAGAGGUUCUCCUGUCCAUGAGCAUGUUUUUGAGCCAGAUGACAACCUUUUAAAUGAAGUUGACAGAGCUGACACUAAGGUUUUAGAUGAUGAAUCAACCUCAAGUGUUAUGAGAGUUCCUCAACCAACUAUCAUCACGUCCAUUACUCAGUCAUUUCCAAUACAGACUGAGAUUUCUUUUCAAACAUCAUUGACUGCUGACAUGGGGGUGCAGAAUACACUAGCUCAAAUUCCCUCAAGAGAGAUCUUGGGUACUUCUACCUCACCUCAUAUUGCCACAGAGUUAUCUCCUCUUCUUCCAUUCAAGAUUUACUUUUGGAAAUUUCUGUUGUUCAAGAAACGGUUGCUAAUUUGACUGUUGAAGAAAAAUUGAAGAAAUUAUCCAAUGAAGAGCAAGAACUUAUUGAACAAUUUUUUAAUUUACUUGGUCAACCACUGGAUGUCUUGGCUCUCUCUCAAACUACAAUUUUGACUGACUGUUUGGGAGCCAUUGCACCACUGAUGCCUCAACUUUUUGAUCCAGACCAAGUGCAAAUCUUUCAAACCUUCAUUUCAGAGCUUCCUCAGCAUUUAAUGGCUAUCAAUCAAUUUCAUAUUGAGCCAAAAAUUGUUGAGAAUCAAGCUGAGCAAGUGAGGGAAGCAGUGCAUGCUUUAAUUGAAGCAUCUGCUAGAUCACAAUCCCUCAUUGCUCAAUUUAACUCUCUUACAGCAGAAGAAGCUUAGCUAGAAACUCAACUGGCCCACGUGAGAGCCCAGAAAGCUGCCAUCGAACAAGAGCAAGCCAACCUUUCUCAGCAAAUUCCAAACCUUCUUGCUCAAGCAAAAAGUGGUUCACUAGCUUUCAAGCAAGCCCAAACCAAACUUAGGCAAAAUAAGCUAAAGCAUCAAACUGCUCUUCAUGCUUGGAGCAGACGCUCAAUGUAUUUCCAAAGGGAUUAGGCCAAAUUUAAAAAAAAAAAUUCAUUAUUUGUCUUUCUGUACUUUUGACACAAGUUUAAUGAAAAUACUUAUUACAUUUGUUUU